UACAACCCUUUUGAUGAUAUAUUUAGAAGUAGUAACCAGAAUCUGGUCCUAGUACACAUCUAUAAUUAUGUUUACCAGUCAUGAGGUUGAGUCCUCCUCAACCUUAGAAUUGCCAGAACCAUGUCGCCAGCUUACCUUUCCAGAGAUUCAAACGAGCAACCCAAAACUUCGAUGAGUCAUUGGUGAUCGGCCAUGGUGGCUUUUGGAAAAGUUUAUAGAGGAACCAUCAUUAGUGAGGCAAGGAUUUUGAUUGUUGCCAUCAAGAGGUUGGAUUCAACUUCUAACCAAGGCGUAGUAGAGUUUUGGGCAGAAGUUGAGAUGGUUUCUAUGUUAAGGCACUGUCACUUGGUGUCUUUGAUUGGUUAUUGCAAUGAUGGGACCGAAAGAAUCCUUGUUUAUGAUUAUAUGCCCCAUGGAACCCUUGAAGAUCAUCUCCACAAACUUCAAACUCCUCUACCUUGGAUGCUACGACUCAAUAUAUGCAUAGGGGCAGCUCGUGGGUUAAAUUAUCUUCACACGGGUACAGGAAUUAAGCAUGGAGUUAUACACCGUGAUGUGAAAAGCUCAAAUAUAUUGUUACGUAAAACAUGGGUAGCUAAGAUUUCUGACUUUGGAUUGUCCAAGAUAGGUCCAACAAAUCAGCAGUCCACACACGUAAGCACUGUUGUGAAAGGAACAUUCGGAUAUCUAGAUCCAGAUUACUUCUCAACUGGUAGGUUGACAAGAAAAUCCGAUGUGUAUGCGUUUGGUGUAGUAAUGUUUGAAGUACUUUGUGGGAAACGAACAACGGAUAGAACUCUUGAUGAGGAUCACUGGGGUUUAGCAAGAUUGAAUUUGUGA